AUGAUUUCAUCUGCAUCAUCCAACCAAACCAACUCAAUGACACUAAUCUCUUCGGAAGAUGAGGAAAAUAAGAGAAAAUUGGAAAUAUCAUUUUCUAAAACAGUUCCUGCUUUCAAUAACACUUUUGAUGAUGAAGCUCAUCAUGAUGAGCAAAUGAGUGCAUCGGAACAAGAGGAGGAGCUUUUUGAAAUUCAUCCACUGAGUAGCACAGUGUUAGCAAUUUCAUUGAAAGAAUCACCAAUCAACAACCCUCAAGUGGCUGCCACGAGAACGGAUGAAAUUGUUCGAGUCUUGUCCAAAGCCCUUUCCAACUAUUACCAUCCGAAAACAAAGAAUUCCAUUCCUAUCACUCAUUCAAAAAAACAGAAUUUAUUGAGACUUGAUAAGGUGAUGGAGUUAUUGAAACAAUUUACAGAAUGGGCAAAAGAAAAUGCUUGGGAAGUAUUCUUGUUCAGACUCUUUGAUUGCAUUAUUGUGUUUUGUGUCUUAUUUUUCAUGAAGCAUCUUUUACCAAAGAGCGUGACAAGAGUUUUGGAAUGGUUUAUUGAUCCUCUUGUGGAUUUUGAAGGCUUUCCUUUUUCUAAUUAA